GGCAGAUAUGAAGUCCGAGAAGAAGUUGACGUCCAUUGAACCAACUAAUGGUGCUGAAGUCGAAUCAGGUUUCAUUGCCGCAGAAGUACUCUUGGACAAGAAUGGGCACAAGCUGUGUCCUCAACCUGUAGAGGGAGACGCAUUGGAUCCGUUGAAUUGGACAUGGCUUCGGAAAAAUGCUAUACUCGGCAUAGUCAUGGCGCUGUACUUCAUGUUCACCUACAUCACAACGACCACUGUCCCUUCGUUUCCCGAAUUGCAGACACGAUACAAUGCCUCUUUGGGCGAGAUCAAUUGGACUGUCGCGAUUCCAGCUCUCGGGCUCUCGGUCGGACCUCUAAUAUGGUCUUCGCCCGCCGACAUCAUCGGAAGACGGCCGAUCUUCAUCAUCGGCACGACCAUGGCAAUCGCUGCGACUAUCGGCGCGGCAUUGGCGGAUGGGUAUUCGGGAUACAUGGCUGCUCGGUUCUUCCAAGGUCUUGGGCUGUCUCCAGCCUCAACCGUUGGUCUCGCCAUCAUCAAUGACCUCUUUUUCGAACACGAACGCGGUCAGAAGGUUGGGCUUUGGGUAUUGGCAAUUGAUCUAGGUCUGCUGCUCGGUCCGCUCAUAGGAGGAUUUGUUGAUUUAGCAGGGUCAACAUGGAUACAAUGGGUGACUCUCAUACUGCUUGGUGUCAUUCUCGUAGCUGAGGUGUUGUUCCUGCCGGAGACGUUAUACCCUCGCGACUUGAUGUUGUCAAGACAGAGCAGCGCAAGAGCGAUGUCAGAGAAAGAUUCUGUUACUGAGGCUGCAGUGAAGCGAACGAAGAGCUUGGCAUAUGUUAAUAUCACACCACUGCCAGGAAUGAAGCACCCCAAAGUUUGGGACACUCUGGUUCGAUUUGGGAAGACGUUCAAAUACGUUGUUGUUCCGAUCGCAGUCAUUUGCUACUCUUUCGGCUGGUACUGGUGGAUCCUAUCGGUCAUCACAAUGAUUCCGGUGGCAUAUGCGUCCUACUCGCCGCAGACGCAGGGGCUCUUCUUCAUUGGCUUGAUCGUGGGCACACUAUUCUCCGAGGCCUUCUGUUCCGGCAGCCUGAGCGACUGGCUGCUUGUCAAGCUCUCCAAACGUCCUGGCGCAAGCAGAAAUCCGGAGAUGCGAAUCUGGCUUGUGUACCCAGCUGCAAUUCUGUCUGCAGUGGGACUUAUCAUCUGGGGCAUCUCCAUUGAUCGCAACUACCACUGGAUCGUCGGCCAGGUCUCCUUCGCUUUGUUGGGUGCCGGAAUCCAAAUGGGCAACACCGCAGUCUGCGCUUAUGUCGUCGAUGCAUACCCUCUGCAAAGCAUGUCGGUCGUCGUCUUCUACGCAGUAUCACUCAACCUCUCGGCAUUCGUGGAUCCAUUCUUCAUCGCGUACUGGGUCGAUGGAGUUGGGUAUACAUGGACAUUCGCAGGGCAUGCUAUUAUCACUGUGUUCCUCUGCAUUCCGGUGUUUGCGUUCUUGCACAAAUUCGGCGGCGCAAUCAGAGCGAAGAAUGGCAAGCCGAGCUGGGUUAAUCCAGAAUUCGAUCACGAUAUUGUUGCUGCGUUUGAGUGGGGAUAGCUGUAGUGUUCCAAGAGAGAGCCAACGAGCCAGCCUGUUCCCUCCCACAAUAGAACUAUUACCUCAAAUACC